UAGUGUGAAUGGAGCCAUUAGGGAGUGAUUCAGUACGGGACGACAGCAAGUUGCUGACCCUGCAACUGUGAUAUCAUUGUGAUGGUGUGUCGUUGUGGAUAGCUAAAGUACAAUGUUGUCCCUCCGAAUUUUAGUAGUGUCUGUAUGUCUAGUGUCACUCAUGGAUGGAUACACGAGCCAAGAAAUGUUUGCUCGCUGGAAGGAUUGGUAUAACCAAAAGUUGAGGCCAUGUUUGAGGUCUUGUCCUCACCAAUCUGAGUUUGUCUGUGGGUUUGACCAUGGAAGACAACGAUAUGCUGUCGCCUCCAGUAGCUGUGCUUUAUCUCGGCGAAACGCGUGCGAGGAUGAAGAAUAUCAAGAAGUUCCAAUAAAAGAAUGUUUGGCCCAGUUGAAAUUCCUCAACAAACACAUCAAGCCGGAAGAACAUCAAGGAAAAAUCACUCACGUAAUUGACUGAGUCGUCUAUGUAUAUAAAGUGUUAACAAAUUUAUAAAAUUUGGCAUAUUAACAUACA